AUGAGUCAGAAAAUGGCCAAGGAGGGCCCCAGGCUCUCCAAGAACCAGAAGUUCUCGGAGCACUUCAGCAUUCACUGUUGCCCCCCCUUCACCUUCCUCAACUCCAAGCGUGAGAUCGUGGACCGCAAGUACAGCAUCUGCAAGAGCGGUUGCUUCUACCAGAAGAAGGAGGAGGACUGGAUCUGCUGUGCCUGCCAGAAGACCAGCCGCCGUGCCACAUCCCCUCAGAGGCCCAAGCACCAGCCAGCUGCGUCCCCAGUGGUGGUCAGAGCGCCGCCAGCCAAGCCAAAGUCCCCUCUGAUGCCAGCCAAGCCAAGGUCCCCUCCGAGGCCAGCCAAGCCAAGGUCCCCUUCACGGACUGAGCGCCAGCCGCGUCCCCGCCCAGAGGUCCGACCACCACCAGCCAAGCAGAAGCCCCCUCAGAAGUCUAAGCAGCCAGCACGCAGCAGCCCUGUCAGAGGGCCAGGCACCAGCCGCGGGGGGUCUCCCACCAGAGCUUCUAGGUUCUGGUAA